AUGGCACGGUUGGUCGGCAACAUGAGGGAAUCUGAAGGAAGAGAGAACAACACCGAGAUCUCUGAUCUUGUGCAUAAAGGGCUCUCCGUGCUUCAUUUUCUCCUUCUCGACCUCUUCGCUCGCUGGGGGAGGGUUGAGGUGAGGAGAAUAGAGAACAAGAUCAAUAGGCAGGUGACCUUCUCCAAGAGGAAGGUCGGGCUGCUGAAGAAGGCCUGCGAGCUCUCUGUUCUCUGUGACGUCGAACUCUCCCUCAUCAUCUUCUCCAGCCGCGGCAAGCUCUUCGACUUCUCCACCGCCUCCAGAGGAUGCGAUGUGCUUAUUUUAGAUACUAGAUUGGGAAGUGCAGAGAAUCAAGCAAGGGUCAAGGAGUUGCUUCAUGUGGAGGAAUCAAAACUAGAGGAGGACGAGGGUGAUUCAAGAGCAAUCUUGAUACACCAACUCUCCAAGAAACACACACAAAAUCCUUUUAAGAAGUUACAUGGUCUUCCAAUAGCUGCAGUUUUUCAUCCAACACGGUCGAUAUUCUUUAUAUCAACCAAGAAUCAUGUCCGUGUGUAUGAUCUUUUAAAGCAAAAGCUCAUUAAGAAGCUUGAGACUGGUCUUUGUGAAGUUUCUUCUAUUGCAAUUCAUCCAUCAGGCGACAAUGUUAUUGUGGGUAGCAAGGAAGGAAAAAUGUGCUGGUUUGAUAUGGACCUUUCAUCCAAACCAUAUAGAACCUUGAAGACCCAUCCCAAAGACAUAACUAAUGUCACCUUCCAUCGCCUGUACCCUCUCUUUGCCUCAAGUUCUGAAGACUGCACUGCUUAUGUGUUCCAUGGGAUGGUGUAUUCGGAUCUUAAUCAGAAUCCUUUCAUCGUCCCAUUGGAAAUCCUGCGUGGCCACAACAGUUCUAAUGACAGAGGUGUUUUAGAUUGUAAAUUUCAUCCGAGGCAGCCAUGGCUAUUCACAGCUGGAGCAGAUUCUGUCAUUAAACUGUAUUGCCACUAAUGAUAGAUUCUCCAGGAAACUUUGAAGAAUCUCCUCGAGUCAAGAUACGUGAG